UUUAAUUAUAAUAAAAAACAUGUUUUGUUUACUUCGUUUACCUCUACAAAAAGUUAAAAUUACAAUUAGUUUUAAUCUAUAAGUGAAAAAGUCCUUGUGACAGUAAUUAAAAGGAUUAAAAGUAAUUCUCGUUUAAUGAAUUUAUUUAUAUAAAUUAUAUUGAUAAGUAUCAAAAUGAGGGAUGUGAUGAAGUACAGACAUCUAUUUUACAUGAUAAAUAGAUCUAUUCACUAUUUACCAAAAGCAAACGGAUAUCCUAAUGGUACGAAUUUAAUUAAAAUUGAUAAAAAUUGUCUCCUAGAAAAUAAUAAUAAUAAUAUCUUAGCAAAAUCUAGCAAUAUUUUUCAAUGUCACAGUAAAAAUUUAUCAGUCAGUAAUGUCUAUUAUUUAAAAAAGGGUAAAAAAAUAACGAAAGAACAAAUUUCUAAAAUGAAACUCGAUUUACGGGAAGUCGAUCAAUAUUUGGAUACGGAAUUAAUAAUAAAGGAAAUGAAAAAUGCGAUAGAGCAUAUGAAAGAAAAUUUUGUGAAAAAUUUAACCAUACGCACAAAUAUUGGAUCUAUUGAAUUAUUAAUUGUCGAAUUUGAGGGUAAAAAAUAUCAACUUCAAGAAUUGGUGCAAAUUGCCAGAAAAGCAAAUUUUGUCAUUCUUAAUGUAACCGAAUUCCCUCAAGCAAUGCCGCAGAUUCUUACAUGUAUCAGAGCUAGUGGAAUGAAUUUAAAUCCUCAGCAAGAUGGUACUAAAAUUUCAAUACCAAUUCCAAAAGUCACCAAGGAGCAUAGAGAGGAAUUAUCGAAAGGUGCAAAGGCAAUGUUUGUCAAAUGUCGAAAUAAUGUUAAAGCAGUUGGUAACAAACAUCUUCAAUCGAUAGCAGAUGAUAAGCAUGUCAGCAAAGAAAUGUUUGCGAGAAUAAAACACAAUUUGGAAAUGCUGGCUGAAAAACAUGUGCAGGAAGCAGAAAACAUACUCAAUGUUAAGAAUACCGAAUUAUUAGGUUCUUGAAUCAAGAAACUAUUGUUUGAAAUUUAAGUUUUACGUUUAUCAAAAAUUAAUUCUACAAAGAGUUCAAUAAUAAACCAAAGUAUUAUUACUAUUA